AUGGCAUUGUAUGCUUACUCGUAUAAUAUCGUACCUUGCCGCAAUAACCAGCAAAGCCAGGGGUCUCUCUAUAGAAGACCUGUUGGCAUCGAUUUAGACUAUGCGGCAACUUUAGAAAGAGGGACCCACAUCGAGGCCCACUUUUUCACUUCCUCUUCCCCGCGCCGCGGAAUUUCCCAAGUCGACCUCUCACGUCCCUGCACAGCUAGCUGCAUAUCCGCCACAUGGGCUCGCUACAACAGUGAUUGGGUGCGGAGACGUCGUUAUCUUCCCUUACAUACGGAGCCACAACCAUACCGGUGUAUCGCCCCGAGCUUCGCCGAGAAACCCCGCGGACACUUGCCUCAAUCUGCGCAUAUCGAAUCAACAUGGAAAGUGGAGAUGAGAGGCCUUAUCGGUCCCACACGAAGCCUGCAUGUAUACCCUGCCGCCGCAGGAAAUCGCGAUAGGCGUGCGUCGAAGGUUGCCCCAGUGCUACCACCUCCAUCAUUAAGAGCGCCUGCUUCAUCUGCUCAACAGCUGGGCAUAUCCCCUCUUGUGCCAGCUUCACCUCAGUUCCCAAUUCCAACACAGGAACAAAGCGAUCAGGAUACACCUUUGUCUCUUGACGCGGAAGACGACAAUCCGCACAUCCUUGGGCCGGCGGUGACUGGUGAUAAUCACGUCUUGGCUGAUUAUCUAUCAAACAUUUCAGGUGGACAAGGAAUUCGUGAGAUUCGUCCCGUUGAGCCUGGCAGCUCCUCGUCCCCUGUGAUAUUUACAAAAGUACAGAAAAGGCCAUUCGGUCUGACUUGGAAUUCCAACCCGGCACUUCAUAAGUUGCAGGUUAUUGAAAAGCUCGUCGAACCAUGGGGCCCGCACCUUAUUGAUCUGUAUCUGAAGAAGAUAAACCCUUGUAUACCCCUACUUGACGAGAAGUCAUUCCGAGCACAGUACACAAGUGCCAGACAUCGCAUCUCACCGGCGUUGCUAGCAUGUCUGUAUGCCCACAUGCUAACAUUCUGGCAACACGAUCCUAUUCUCUCAUACGAAAGGUGUCCGGAUGUUCGUUUUGUCUGGAAUCUUGCCAUUGAAGCCUCGUACUCUGAGCUGCACGCCUCUGCUGGAAUAUCGACAAUCAAAGCCAUUUUACUUGAUGUAGGUGGCCGCCCAACGACGUCAAUGACAGGCAAUGGUGUCAGGCUUGCUUCGGCGACUGCUUUGUGUCACUCUUUGGGAUUAAAUCGGAAUCCCCUGCCAUGGGACAUUCCAAAAGCUGAGAAAUAUUUGAGAAUGAGGAUAUGGUGGUCUAUAUUGCUUCAUGACCGCUGGUCCAGCCUCGCAUAUGGCACACCUCCUCACAUCAGAAGAUCUCAAUAUGACGUGCCCCUACCAAUACCUGAAUAUCUAUCGGGCUCGGAGCGAGACAGCGAAGCCAAUGCGGUGUUUAUUGAGCUCAUGCGCCUAACAGAGGUGUUGGACCAGUGUCUGGAGCACGUUUACAACAUUCAUAUUGCCGCAGUCCAGCCAACCACAAACCUUGAGUUGGAGUUGAAUAAAUGGGUUGAUUCACUCACUGGAAAUAUCCGCAGGAUUGUCAUUCGGGGCUCGAAUCUUGAGACCCCCGGAGCCUCAAAUCUGCGUCUAGCAUAUUUAGCAACAUGUCUUCUCCUCCGACGAAUCGACCUAGAUCGAGAAAGACGGUCAGAAGAUCACAGUGGAGAGCAGAUGGCGAAUCGCAUCAUGGAGGCCCGCAGAACCGCAGAAGACAUUGUGUUUUUGGUCCAGGAACUAGGCGAAGCACAAUUGGGAGACUUUUGGCUUCCUGUUGUCGCAUUCACAUUUUCAUCAACUGUGACAUUCCUGAUUCGUUGCGCAUUGGAGACAGAGCAGGCGGCUGGUCUGUCACAAAGUACCUCGCUUCGGUUAGCGAAUGACUUCUUAGCAUCUUUGCGAUCGCACCAGAAGAACUUUGGGUGGGACCUCGCUGAUAUCUGUGUAGCCCAACAUUCGGAAGUUAUUGAGAAGCUGUUGAGAUCGGGACCACCAGCCGAUACUUCUGAUGUAACACAUGCCGAGUUAAGUCAGCAUUUCAUGCCGGAUAUGUCGUUUGUGGAUGACAUGUUUCCUAGCAUUUGGGAUACGUUGCAAACUAUAUAG